GGACUUCUGACUGCAACCUCGGCUACUAUUAUCUUUUUGACCUUCUCAUUACCUUGAAUUCAUUUAUUCACAAACGCCUGUAUUUUGGAGACACUUUCUAUUAAAUCAAUUCGAAAAUCCGUUGGGCUAAAUAUGUAAAACAAUAGAUAAGAAUUGUUUCUUUAAAGGUUCAAAGUCAGAUUGAGUUUCAAUAUCGUCUCAGUUUAUACACCAAAACACUUCAAUAUUCACUGGUAUAGCCAUGAUAUCAAAAUUAAGAUUAUUUCUUGCCUUGUACAUUGCAGUUGUGUCUUUUACGGAGUCAAACCAGCUUAAACAAGGUGAUACAGUCGAUAUUCCGGGACCUGACAACUCCUACAAGACUGCAAAUUUCUGGGAAAAGAACAACGAAAAUGAAAUUGCAGAAGUGAAGAGAAUCGUUUCGAGAAACUGGCGGGCAAAAAACGUGGUGCUUUUUAUUGGAGAUGGCUAUGGGCUUUCAGAGAUGGUCGCAGCACGCAUAUUUCAAGGACAGAAGUCUAAUGCUAGUAAGAUUGGGGAACUGAACAGACUGAAAAUGGAGGAACUGUUGCCGCACGUCGCGCUCAGUCGAACCUUUUCAACAGACUAUCAAGUGCCUGACUCGGCCGCAACUGCAUUUGCAAUUUUAUCAGGUAUUAAAACUAACUCGGCCACCCUCGGGUUCAGUGGAGGGUCCGUCUCGAAGGGUCAAUGUGGGUCGGGAGUGAACCCCCUGCCGACAAUAGCGGACCACGUGAAGAAACUUGGCAAGCGAGUGGGGGUGGUGACAACUGCCAGGGUGACUCAUGCUACCCCUGCAGCACUCUACGCAAAGACGGAAGAUAGAGACUGGGAAGGAAACUCACCAGAUGGCUGCAAAGAUAUCGCUAUACAGUUAAUGGAGCAGCAAAAAACAGGACUGAUUGACGUAAUUCUGGGCGGAGGUCUCAAGAACUUCAUGCCCAAAGAUCAAAAAACCCACUUUAAUGGAACAUCUGAACGGAACGAUUCCAGAAACCUUGUAGCAACUUGGGAAAACGAUGGCGGAAAAGUCGUAUAUGACAUUGACGAACUUACAAACGUGGAGGCUAAUGAUUUGCCCGUUCUCGGAUUAUUUGCCGACUCUCAUAUGGGUUACGACGCGCUUCGUCGUAGUAGUUCGAAGGAGCCAACUCUUCAGAGUAUGACAACAAAAGCUAUUAAGCUCUUGGUUGAAAAUAACGAAGACGGGUUCUUUUUGUUAGUGGAGGGGGCGAGAAUAGACCAUGGACAGCAUGCAAAUAAACCUUACUUGACCCUAACAGAAGCGGAUGCCUUUGAUCAGACUAUAAAAGCUGUAGUUGACCGAGUCAAUUUAGAAGAGACUUUGGUCAUUGUGACUGCGGACCAUUCUCACUCAUUCAGUAUUUCUGGAUACCCAACAUUGAACAACCCAAUUUUGGGUACAAACCACAUGAAUCAAUCCACUUUAACUUACGGAUCUGGUCCCAACUCUCAAGAUCCGAGCUCAAAACAUCCGAACAACAUAAACGAACAUCAACCAGAGUACAAAUACCCCUCGGCGCUUAAUGGAUCUCAAGGAAGUCAUGGCGGGGAAGAUGUUUUGAUAUUCGCCGACGGACCUAUGGCCCAUAUGUUUAGGGGCGUGAGAAUGCAGACAUACAUUGGGGCCAUAAUGCAAUACGCGACUUGCAGUGGUAAAUACGAGGAUAGUUGUCCAAUCGUCAGAAAGGGGGAUAUAAGAUCCGAAUCUUUAAAAAGCACAAACAAAGGGAAUCAGAUUAAAUCUCAUUUCGCCAUGCUUGUAGCCUUUUUACUCUUCUCUUUUUGAAAAAACUACAAAUUGAAACUGAUAAUUUUAUUAUUUCCGUUUUUAGGCUAAAAAAGUUGCGGCUGUUUGUAUUAUUAAUUGUUCACAAUAAAAUAGAAUAGACG